UAAAAUGGCGUUGGCGGUGUAUUAUGUAUAUUUUUAUUGAUAUAAAUUAAAAUGUAAACUAAUAAUGUAACCAGUUAAAUAUUUAUUAAACGUUAAAUUUGUUGAUAUUUUAUGUUAUGAUAGUGUAGUAAAUGAGUAUGGCAUCUAAUGAUACGGAUGAGACUCGAAAUUCCGACGGCUCCUCGGAUGAUGAGUGUUUAUCUGAAGUAAAGAGAAAAGUUGAUCUCGCCAGAUCUAGGAGUGGUGAUGAUAGCGAUUAUGAGCCUAUAAUAUCUGAGAUAAUGGUCUCGAUAGAAGUAGACGAGUAUGACGAAGAGCCACUCGAUUUUAGCAUUAAGAAGGAAGACAAACCGGCAACAUCAAAACGGAGGAGAAAUGACAAAUGUAGAAAGAGCAAAGAGAAAAAACCUAAAGUGUAUGGAUGUAAUCUGUGCAGUGCCCAAUAUAAAAAUGCACAGGAAUUGAGAGCACAUUCAUUAGAGCAUCAAGUCAAAACAAGGCACAAAUGUGACGAGUGCGGGAGAUAUUUCAAAAAAGCCUUCAGCUUACGUCUGCAUCAAAAAAUACAUACAACAAUGGAAUUUGACUGUCGAUUGUGCGAUAUGAAGUUCACGUCGAAAGGGCAUUUGUUUAGACAUUUGAGGUCACAUGAGAAGACCGAACACUGUGAUGUUUGUCCGGCUAAAUAUCAUUCGAGGAUACAACUGAAUCGACACAGGAGACUGCAUACACUCCACGGAAUGCGUACACAAACUGCAGAUGAAACUGCUCGAGACACUACAAAUAAAUCCGAUCAGUUAAUUCCUUCGGCCCCGGACAUUGAAUAUCAAAACACGAGCUGCCCUACCGAAUACUCUGAGGACUCGACAGAUCUCAACAGUGAGGCCAAAAACUUGAACUGCACUCGGAAGGAGGACCUCCCGGAAAACAUACAAUGCGCUAUCGUUAGCAAGCUGUACAAAGGACGGACUGUCACCGAUAUAUGUCAGAUAUACAAUCUGACCCCGGACGUAGUGAACGAGGUUUGGGAGGAAAGGGACACGUUUAGCGCCCUCAAGAAAGCGGGAAGGAGAAGCAAGAUGUAUAUGAACAGCAUACUAGAUGCAAGAAUACUGGAUUGGUACAGGGAUCAGAAAUCGAAUAAGGUGCAAGUGUCUGGUAAAAUGUUGCAAGAUAUAGCUGAGUUGUUCGCCAAAGAAAAUGGUUUUAUCGCGUUCGACGGCAGCAGGAAGUGGCUGGACGGCUUCAAGAAGAAAUACAGCAUAUCGUUGAGGGGAGUACCCGUCAAGAGAGAAUUUAGCAUAGGACCAGAAUCGAAAUGGAAGAAGACUUUCUUCAAGGAGCAGUGGUGCGACGCUAGGCUUGGUGUUAAAGACGAGGACAUUUACACGGCUGAUGAGGUCGGAAUUUAUUAUAAUCCUUCGAAGGGUCGGGUUAAGAAACCUGCAGGCAAGAAAUUCAUUCAAGGCUACGUCGAGGACAGAUUGGCGAUAUUCAUGUGUGUGAACGCGACGGGCACUGACAGGAAGAAGCUUCUGGUAUGUGGAUCUGAUGAUCCUCUGCUGCAUUCGUAUAGGGAUGCCGAUACGCUGCCCGUCACGUACAUAAGGCACGCCAAUGCGCAUUUCACAACGCAAAUGUUCGAAGGCUUCGUUAAAUACUGGAAUAAAGAGCUUCAAAUGAACAACAGGAGAGCUAUUCUGGUCCUAGACAGAGCCACUGUGCACACCAAACUUCAGCUCUCCAAUUUGAAACUUGUCUUCGUACCGUGGAAGGCUUAUAACGGCUUAAUACCGGUCAGGAAUGGAAUUUUUAAUCGUUUCAAAGAUGAAUUCAGGCGGCUGUUCAUAACUGAGAAGGCUAUGAAUGUUGUCCGUGGAGUAGACAGGAGAACCACCAGCUUGGAAGCUCUGUACAUGAUAAUGAAAGCAUGGGAACGGACUCCUAAUUGUGCUAUAUCGAGAAGCUUUGUCAAUCUAGGCUUUGACGUUCAAGAACCAAAAAUUGAGGAGAAUUUGACGCCUAAAGUGUGUGAAAACGAUGAAGAAAUUAUGUGUAAAUUGUUGAGGGAUUACGAUGUGGACACAUAUUACACUGAGCUGCCUAGUUUGGACAACUUUUUGAACGUGGACGAGGAGCUAUUGACCGGCCAGGGAACGAAUUGUUCGGUUUUCGGUGGGAACCAUAAAAUCCAGGACCCGGCAGCAGUCGAAAGAGAACGAGAAGAGAUACUGGCUAUCGGUACAAAGAAACCGGAGUGCAGUGAAAUAGAAGAGAGGGUUACAAAGAUUAGGGCCCUCCAAGAUUUAGAUAUAGUUAGAAAGUAUUUACAAACCAGCAAUACGAGUUAUGAUGUGUACAAAAAAUUUAUGGAUAUAGAGAAAUAUGUGUUGAGAGAACCUAUGAAGUUAUAAGGCCAUUGAAUCUCCGUUGUGUUUAUGCCUAAAGUGUAUUAAUAGGUUUUAAAGUUUAAAUCUCAUUAUAAGUAUGUUAUUUCGAUUUAGUUAUUCGAGUUGUGAUUUGUUAUGGGACUAGUUGUUAGUACUACAUUUAACUUUCUUAUAACACGGUAUUUCUACAACAUGAUGGUGUGAUUUUUGUUUAAACACUAUUUAAAAAAUUACUUUUGAACACACAAUAUGUGAGGAUAACCGAAAUUGUACUGCAUAUUUUUUAUGUAUAACUAGCAACCCGCCCUCGCUUCGCUUCGGAAACAUUAUAUCAUUGAUAGCUGAGUCCCGCGA